AUCAUCGUGUCGUGAAACGUUCAAGGUUCGACAUAAAAAUAUGUGCAGUUAACAAAACCAUUGCCGAAAUCGAGUCAAACCUUUGGAAUCUGAAAUUCUGAGCUAGCUACAGAACCUACAGAAACAUUACUCGAGAACGUAAUACAUCAGAAAACGGACAAUCAAAUCAAUGUUUUGAUUCGUCAGCAGCAGCAUUGCCGCUACUGUUUUCGUCGCGCGAGUGUUGUUUGUAGAUCGAAAUAGUGCGACACAAGACGUAGAACGUAGUUUUGGCUGUUGUAAUAUGAGAACCACAUCCUGAGUUUGUACAAAUGGCGACAAAUUCAAACGCAGGCGGAAACUAUCACGAAGACGACAACGGUGCAACUAUCGUCAACUAUCACGACAUUUACGUUCAACGCGUUCAACAGACCGGUAGCAACCAAAGUGAACUAGAUAGGAUAGAAACAAUGAACACAAAUCCAACAUCACCGCCUUCCUACAAUCAGAUUCCAACCGAAGCGGAAAGCACCGGGAACAGUAGAGUAGCCGCCAGUGGUCAGUAUUAUCAGCAACCAAACCAAAGUACUGCCCCUAGCAAUGUGAUCAUAGUUCACGUCAACUGUUCCGGAGGUAAUCGCCGAGGGGAUCCGCCCAGUUACGAAGAAGCAAUUAACCCGGAUGCACCGCCUCCAUCUUACGAUUCGCUGUUUGGUCGCGUUCGGGAAGCGCACAAAUCAUCAACAGGAAUAUUAGACUUCUUAAAAAACGUCACAAUUUUGUUACUAGGAACCCUGGGUUGCACCAUCAUUUUGGGAAUCACAAUAGUCAUUCCAGUGUGUAUGAUAGUUUUCGGAGCAAUUUACCUUUACGAUUGUCCCCAAAACGACUAUAUUCCGGUGUUCUUGCUGGUUGCCGGUGGGUUUAGUGUAAUCAAACAGCUGUUGCAUCUGUCGACGCGCGUUCGCAGCCGCGAGGAGCGAGAAUUGGAACGACUGCGGCAAUCACCCACUCAGACGCUCAUCAACUGCUUCAUGCUCGGAUGGUUUAUCAUCGGUUCGUUCUGGAUUUAUCGUAUCUAUGAACCGAACUAUGAUCCAGCUUUGGGUAAAUACUGCAACAAGUCGCUGUAUUUGUUCACUUUUUGGCUGAUUACUUCUGUCUACAUGACGUUGGGUAUUAUCACCGUGGUUCUGUGUGGUGUCAGUAUGGUUAGCAUUGCCAUCCAUCGGAGAACAUAACAGUUGAACGUUUUGUUCGAAAUUUGAGCUGGCGCUCCACGUUCACUAUGGACAUCAUUCAACAUUCUAACGGAUAGAUGUAGAGCGGAAGUGUAUGAAGGAAGUUAAAACUGUUCUUUUGGCAAAUGUCUUGAACCGAAUUUGGUUGUACGCCGCAGUAACUAGGCAGGAAAUUGAACGUUUUUAUCGUUGUUAAAAAUUUGACCGCUGGCAUCUGAACAUAUCUGAACAAGUCGCUGUACACCAAAUAAAUCAAAAUGUCUUCUGUUCUCGGUUACAGAAGAAACUGCUUCGAAAGUGAGUGUGAACUUAAACGUGAGGUAUGUUGAGAAGCCGGACUGGACGUGGCGUACAGUUGUGCCAUAUAUUGAAUCACACAGAGAAAAAACAGAUUAUUAUUUAAUUAAAAUAUAAAUCGUCAACUAUUCUCAUCACCUAACCGACCAAAAUGCAUGAAAGCUCUCUGAUGAGAAGUAACAAUACAAAUUUUAGCUAGCCUGAACUGAAAUCUAGAUAUGAGAAUAAUUUUUGCUAGUGUUUUUCGACUAAGAACGAUUUGAGAUUGAUCACAAUUUUUUCACUGACAAUUGAGCUCGAUUUUCGGAUGGAACUACGUUAAGUGGUUUGUAUGACGAAAGACUUUAAUCAGGUUUAUAUAAUCAAUAUAUAAUCUACAU